AUGCAUUGCAAUGUCCAUUAUUUCCUAAAAUCGACUACAUGGGCUCCUGAAGCAAGCAUGACUCGUAUCAAAUAUUGGAUUAAUGAAUAUCCUAUUAUUAUACAAGAUUUAAAAAUAUUAAACAAACAACUAUACAGUCAAGCGUAUUUAGAAACAUCGAACUUUGAUGCCGAUGAUUUCUUUAAUAAUUCUCAAACAGUCAUAAGUCUUUUUCUUGAAACAGGACCUGAAAAAGAAAAUUGGUUUCAUAAAUUAUCACUUGUCAUACGCAAAAGUAAAGACGAACUUGAACGAGUUAAUCGCGUGUUAAUGGGCGCACCAUCAGUGAAUUUACCUGCCACUUCUCCAACCAUCAAUAAACGAGAAGAAAAUCUUGAACGUUUACUUGAUUCACCGAGUUGCCUCGACGAAGCAGCUAUAACAUUGAAAUUUCUUACACGUCGACUUUUUUGCGAUAUUUUUGAAGAGCCAUUAUUUAACGAUUUAAUGAAGGAAAAAAUUGAACUCAAAUUAAAAGAAAUAGCUGUUUGUGUACUUGAAGAUCUUCAUGUUGGAAAAAUUGAUUUAGCAAAAAACGUUUCCGUUCUUCAACCAUUACUCAGUUAUAGUCCUGAUAAUGAUCAACCAAUGUAUGGUCAACAUCAGUCAAUUCAAACGGUUCAUAAAGACGAUAGAAAACUAGAUAAUGACGACCUUCUUCAACGACAAAAAUUAUCAGCGAAGGAACCUGAAAUACCAGAAAAUGGUGCUUCACGGAAACUAGGCACAUUAUUAACGAAAUUGGCUACAAACAAACAUUUCCAACGAUUUGCUGCUUUAAAACCAGUUGUUGGUGUCAUUGAAAAAUUAUCCAAUGCAGAAUUGGGUGCAAAUGUUGAAUUAACUAGUUUUAGCGGUAUUAUGACUAUUAACAUUUCACCACCACCCAAUGAUCGUAUAUGGUGGAUUGACUUUCCUGAAAUGCCUGAUCUUAGCCUCAAAGUAACGCCUGUAUUUGGUGAAAACAAAUAUUCAUAUUCAUUAAUUCAUGCUUUUCUCGAACGUAUGGCCGUACUUGCUUGUAUGGACGAUCAAUUAUUGUCGGUCUUUCGUGAUUGGGUUAUUGAUGCUAUUGCGGAAAUAGCUUCAAAACCAGGAAAUCCAUUAAUCGGCAGCUAUAAAAGUCAAACUUCAUUUCGAGACAAAAUUCAAGAUAAUAAAGAAUUAAAUCAUUCGGGUUCACCGUUAUCCGACACAACGAAAUCAAACUCAAAAGCGUCACCAUGA